AAAUUUGCUCCAUGGUCUCCUGCACAUGUGUGUCAUCAGUCUACCGCAUAGAUAGACUAACAGAAUCUUAUAACGCUUUCACUACCACUGUUGUAGAAAUCACACAUUUUUACACAUUCCAACAUAAGGAAUCAUCCUGGGAAACUUGUAGAAUAGUCAGAAACAGGUAUCGUUUGUGGUGAUGAAUAUGCACUAUUAUAGAAUAGUCAGAAACGGGUAUCGUUUGUGGUGAUGAAUACGCACUAUUAUAGAAUAGUCAGAAACAGGUAUUGUUUGUGGUGAGUACACAAGUCAGAAACAGGUAUUGUUUCUGGUGAUGUGAUGAACAUGCGCUAUUACAGAAUAGUCAGAAACAGGUUGGAGGAAAAAUAGGAAGGACCAAAUAGUAUACUCAACACUGGUAAGAAAAGGUAAUGGAUUAUGUUUGAUUAUUAUUUGUAAUUAUCAUUAUCAUGUAGCCUAUAUAUUUAUUUGACCUUUUGGUUGAGUAGCCAAAGGUUUGCUGCAACACUCUAUACACUCCUGUACAGUAGGUGGCGGUAUGCAACCUGUCAAUAAGCUCAAGAAGAAGAAAAACAAAACAAAAUCUGCCUGGUUGUUGUGAGUGGCUUAUGCUAACACUUGUCUAUUUUGUCACUGAGGUGCUGUAGUCUCUUUUUGUUAUAGUCACAAGUCACCUGUUAAUCUUAGCUGGGAGACGACUUGCAGAAGGGUUCGCCUGAAGCUUUUGUCGCUGCCAAAUCACACCGAUUCCGGGAGGUUACGAAGAUUUGGCACGGAUAAGAUGAAUGAGGUUAGUCAGCAUAUGGACUUGAGUCACACGCAAGCCUGCAUCGACCUUGAGAGGGCCACCCAAAUCAUCACACAAGCUUUACAGCAUGAAGUGGUUAAGAACCAGGAGCUCUGCAUGUUGAUUCGUCGUCUGGAAGAGAAGGAGGCGGAGACUGGGCGGAGCCUGACAGAGCAGGUGGAGUCAAACAAGGAGCUGCAGCUGAAGAUCGAUAAACUGCAGAAACACCUGGAGGAGAAACACUACUCACUGAUACAGGCCAACCAGACUGUGGUUUUGCUGAAGACUGAACUAAGGUGCCUGCGUCAACAGCUGCAAAGCCAACAAAGCAAUAGCAGUGAUCAGGAUGUGAAUGAGAGGCCACGUGGUGGGGAAAUCCAGAUCAAGCAAAUCAAGAGUCCCAGCUCUCCUCUCCAAUCAGACCAGCAGACGGCAGCUGAUGAGCCGCUGGACUGGUCAGAACAGAUGACGUCGCCUACCAGUCAGAUUCCGCUGAUGUUGUCUGACUGUCAAAAUCUGAUGGUCUUACCUCACAGUCAGACCCUUCUGGACGCUCCAGUGUCUGGGAUUAAAGAAGAGAAUGCUGUUCAUGGAUAUGAGGAGUGCAGGCAGUAUGAGAGAGCUGACCCCAGAACACAACAGACCAUCUCUUCAGCUGGAGACGUAAAAACUGAACAGACCCAGGAUGAACAAUCAAACACGGCUCCAGUCCUCAGUGUUAAAUCAGACCCGUCCUCUACAGACCACGUGUCUCGGGCCCAGUUGAAGAGGGCAACAGUGAUGCAUAACCGCAGAGAUGCCGACCAAUCUGAGAACGAUGGUGUCUCCCCUUCAACUCUCCUGCAUGGACGCGAUCAACCUCUUUCAGCCAGUCCGCAGACCAGCGAGAAGAAACUGCUGGAUGCCAUCAGUGGGCUGUCCCAUCAGCUCACUCUGUUUGCUGCUGAUGUGCAUGAGCAGUUCACUCACCUCAGCAAUUCGGUAAACUCCAGGUUACUGUCCACGGAGGACGGUUCGGCUGCUUUGGAGUUAAAAAACUGUGUGGAAGAGACUAACUCCAAGAAGAGAAGACGGGUGCACAAUCCCAAGAUUGCGGAAACAGUACGCCGUCUUCACAACUCGGAGACAAAUUGUAGGCGCUACAAACCGGAGCAAGGAUUAACAUCACCUCAUAACGAGGCCGUUACCUCCUAUUUGCUUGAAGCCAUGUCUGCAAGUCCAGAUUUACACAAUGCUGAUAGUGACUCCAUUGUGUCUGCCUGUAAGACCUAUUACGAGACAGUCCGCAGGAACUUCAGGUACAAACAACCAGACCUUGCAUCGCAGGCGGAAACUGCAAAGAGUUCAGCUCGGAGUCGAUCGAGAAGAAAGAGGCUGCUGGAAGCGAGACAGAGUGUGCUAGCGGAGGACGAGGUCGAGCUUUGGAAGAGCGCCACCAUAGACCUGAUGUCUGAUGAGGAAGAUGGCAUCGUUGACGGGGUGUCUGGAUGGAUUGUGCGACCUCCGUCCUUUCGCAGCCAGGAGCUCACCGAGCUGUGUGCCACGCUGCAGUCGAGAUUAGAGGCGAUUCCGAAGUACAGGGCAACGCACCACAGACGCCUGCUAAAAGGGCCGAAUUCAGACAGAAUGCCGCCAGUUACCUACAGCUCCUAGGCGGCAAACAGCCACAUACGGUGCUGUAGGAUUUUGGGCAUCUUUUACACUUCCCAUUUGUUGUGAGGGCAGAUCUCGCUUUGUACAUAGUUGUGUGUUUGUGCUAAUAAAGACCUUUUUUAAAAUAAACGUGUUCCUGGCUAAUUUUACUUUCCCCAAUAAAUUCAUUCAUGUCAUUGAUGGUAAUAAUAGUGUACUCCAUAGAAUUACACAAAUUUACAAUAUAAUA